AUGUGGUCGUUUCGUCUCGUUCUUUUCACCAUCGUUGCUCAGUUUCUACUUCAGACGUCGGCAAAGCAAGACGCAACCAGCGAGUCAAGUCUUACAGCUUGGACAAUAGAUACUCACAAUGUGACAUCUGCUCGCUAUUCAGACAAUCCUUCUAUUCAAUUAUCUUUCUCGCCGACGUCAGUUCAGGCCGUGGUUUCAACUGGACUAUUUCCAAGAACCAUUACGAGUUUAUCAACCACUGUCAUAACCGUCACCCCAGACUGUGCGUGUGCCAAAACACCUAGCACUCCUGAAUCAAACCUACUCUCGGCAACAUCGUCCUCAUUGAAAGCCAUUUCAUCACCGCAUCUCUCUACGCCUCAAAAAGUUGUUUAUACACCAUCACCAUUACCAUACAACGGUACUAAGCCAGGCAGAUUAACAACGGCUUCAUCCUCGAUUAGAGCAAUUUCAUCAUCGGGACUUCCCUUGCUUCAACAAACUACACCUACCGUACGGCCUGGCAUCUUCGUCGUGCCCUCAGCUUCGCGACUUAGCUCAUCUUCGUGUUCGGAUGAAAGCUACAGCAGCAUAUCUAUAAGGUCAACACAUUUUCCACUUAAUCCUAUUACUAUCCCCGGUACAACAGUAGCAUAUGCUACAGCCUCAGCCAAGACUAUUAUAGAUGGAUCAGGCGUUGGUCUUGCUACAGAAACGAUGGCAACAACAUUGGUGACUGGGGAUAACCUCGAUUUACUCAUUACUCUUUACGAAACUGUCACAAAAUUUUAUACCACCACCACUAUGGAAACGACAAUUAUUGGCACAAGAACAGUUACAAAAACGAUAACCCCGCCGGUGACCACAAGAACGAUCACGACUACCUCCAUUGCAACGUCAAUUGGUGCUACCACUAUCGUGUCCACUAAGAUUCUAACUACGGCCGGCCCUGUUGAGACAAUUACCUCCAGUCUUCCAGCGAAGACGGUGACAGUCACCAAUGGAGCCCCUGGUUUUGAGGGGACCAUAACGGUAACGAAGGCAGGAUCAUCAUAUGCUAUUAUCCAUACCGAAACGGCAGAUUCAACGGUCUUCAUGACAUCAAACUCUCCAUUUACCAAAACAAUUGUUCAAGACCACACAUCAACUGUCACCGAGACUAUUUCCGCGUCAAAUCCUCCAGUUAUUAGACCCUCUACCAACGAACAGACAGUGACACUGGCCGUGACGGAGCAGACUACCUUACCUGGUCCUGCUUAUACGGUUGACGAGACUCAGACUGUGAGUGAGUUAGUGACCCUCACUGACUCUACAGUUAUCAGUGCAACGGCCACAGAUGUCACGAGAACGCUAACUGAUAUUGUAUCCCUAACACCCACCAUGAACGCAAACACAAGGCCUCCUAUUACAGAAGUCGAUGCAGUAACAGCCGAAACGACAGAAGCUUCAGCUACCAUGGCCGAGCAGACAGCAAUUACCAUUUUUUCGACCACCACAGAUGUCAUACCCUCAGUGUCACGGACUUCCAUAGGAUCUCUCGGGACAGAUUUUUACAGCGAGACGGUCACGGUAGCCAAAGUGACAGCCAUUCCGGCUAUUCCAGCAACCGGAGGUAAUACACAAGGAGAUUCUGCUAUCAGCACUCCUGAAGACCAUACAUCAAUCUCAGCUGCUACUACGACAGCCUCAUCAAGCCUGACAUUAUGCACAAGCAGAGUUGUGAACCCGACAUAUACACCCGCUGCUGCAUUACCCCGAAAUUACACAUGGGGCUGUCCUCCGGGCACGCUUUGCCAUCCGCCACAAGUCGAUUGUAAUUUUGAGGUUGGUCCACCAGCAGACUCAUAUUACUGCAGUCCGGAUGAAUGUAUCCCAAACCCCAAGCUCUUGCCACCUCAAUCAUGGGGACCCGAAGUGUCAUCGGACGAGAUUGGACACUUCGAUGUUUCUCCGGGUUACUUCAAUUUGGAUCCGACGGCGUUUAACCUGACCUAUGGUAUCUUUGAUUUCCCCUCGGGCAUUCAGCUAAGUGAUACGAUGAGUAAAGCAAGACGUUCCUUUGCUUCAUUUUUCAGCAGCAAAUUCAAAAACCAACCACGAGCCUUGUCAUCGGGAGGGGGCGCACAGCCAAUACCUGGUGUAUGUUAUGACGAAUGCAAUGAUUGCAUGCUCGAAGCCGAAUCAGAAGGCAAAACUCAGGCUCUAUGCGCAGCAGACUCGGCAUUUGAGAAAUUUCUGGGCUACUGUAACUCAUGUAUUGAUUUGCAUUCAAACAGCGGCAGUGGAUCUAUCACUUCUAGUAUCCCUCAGUUUCAGCAAUUCUUAUCAUAUUGUGACACUGUGGGUAGCAGUAGCGGUAGCAGUAGCAGUGGCUCUGGAUCUUCAUCUCAGUCUGAAGAGUCUUCUUCUUCUUCUUCCUCCUCCUCCUCUUCUUCCUCAUCAUCAACAUCUUCGGAUACAACGGAUGAUUCUCAAAAUGUUUCCACCAGCGACACGUCACCGCCUGAUAAGCCAUCUCCAUCUUCCAGUGAACCUGUUGGUGUUGAUCCCAUAACAGCUUCUGUUACACACAGUGCCACAGUUUCCGCGUCUGAUAAGAGCCGGUCAACUACAAGCAAAGAGUCUGCACCGUCGGGAAUUUCACAAUCACUCUCGACAGCCUCAACAUUAACGUCUGGUGGCUCUUCCUCUUCCUUCUCCGAAGCCCCAUUGCCAACUUCCACAACACUAUCUAGCAGUGUAACAUCUGCCGGUCAUGGCAACACCAGUACACAACCCGGCAAUUCAUCUUCUUCAGGCGAAGCAUCAGCUACAGAAACCUCACACCCUGAACCCGAAGGCGAAGGUCCAGUUGUGACAUGCGGCAAUGGCUCUGUUGCGACGUCUACUUGCUCAAAUCAAGCGAUGGCGACUUCAGCAUCAACUUCAUCAUCUCAAGCCGGUGUCGGUUCCGGUGCUAGUAGUGAUGGACCUGGACCUGGCGCAGGUCCAGCCGGUUCUGGCAGUAAUAAUUCCUCAUCUUCAGACUCCUCCACCUCGUCGUCGUCCUCACCAUCAUCUCUAUCUGGGAUGUACACCGGAGGAAGUUCCAGACAACGGAGAAUGAAUACACAAGUCUCUGUUACUGCGCUGACAUUAUUGUUGACCGUUCAAUUUUGA